AUGUCGUCAUACAGCAAGACGGUGGGGGGCAAGCUGCAGCUCAAGGGCGGGCUGUCGCUCAAGCCCGCGAAGAAGAAGCACAAGAAGGAGAAGAAGAAGAAUAAGAAGAGGGAGCGGGAGGACGAUGAAGAAGCCUCUCGUUCCAAGCCGUUCGAGCUGGUCAAGACCCGCGGCUCCGGCCGUCUGCUGAGCUCGGGCACGACGCUCAUGGGCCAAGUGGGCUCCAAGUUCCUGCAGGAGCUGAGCGUGGGCGACGCCAUCGUGAUCCAGCACCCGACGUCGCUGCUGGAGGAGACGCGCAUCGUGCGCAUGGUGCUGAGCGACGUGUCGGCCAGCGUGAGCUCAGCCUUCAGCUCGGACUUGGUGUCGUCCACGCCAUUUUACUUUAUCAAGGCCCCACCGGAGGACGAGAAGCAUCAAGAUGAAGAGAAGGAAAAGAAGAAGAAAAAAAGAAUGGACGAGCAGACGGCUUUUGGGACGUAUGCUGGAGGGACGGACAAGGGCGGGCAGAUCACGUACAGAGUUAAGAAGAGCGGCGCGUACGGAGGAUACGCGAUCGUCAAGGAGGAUGCGAAUGUUGAGCGGAGUCGCGAAGAGCUGCUGGAUAUUCGUGCAAAGAAGAAAGGAGACCGACACUGCAUGUAG